UGCGCAGGCGCAAAAAAAAAGUUCAGUGGCGUCUGUAGAGCUCCUCCGUCAGUAACAUUUCACAGACAGAGGGCCGAUAUGUAAGUGUUUAAAUUCGGAAUUUACAGGAGAAACCGCUUUGGUGUGUCGUGAGAAAACCCACGUCCGCCUCCAAGCUUGAAAGAAACUCGGGAUUGUUUGGACAACACUGGCGCGCCGAAGUUUCGUGUUCCUUGACGCGGAAGCUAACUGGCUAACCUGACUAGCUUGGAAAAUUGCUUUGGCGACUUGACAUCACAAGCAGGCUAACUUUUACUAAGCAGCCAAAAAGAACUAAUGCGGUCAAAGAUGUCCUGAAACGGAAGAAAACGAUUUGCUAGGUAACACGCAGUCGUUCAUAACCUGGGGCUUGCAACAUUGGAUCCGCCGCCCAUUCUCCUCCUUGGGCCAGAGUCUGUGAUGGGCGCCCUGCUGAGCUCGUAGGGCGGGUGGAAGCACACUAGAUCCCCAUUAACCAUGGGAGGAUGUGUGGGGAGAUACUGGCAACGAUGGGACGACACACAGAGCAGGGGUUCCUCCAGGAACGGUGGCCGGGGAGGACGUAAUGAGCCGCUAAAAAAAGAUCGACCCAAGUGGAAGUGCGACUAUCCCAUGACCGAGGGCCAGCUGCGGAGCAAGCGGGAUGAAUUCUGGGACACGGCGCCCGCUUUUGAUGGCCGCAGAGAGAUCUGGGAUGCCUUGAAAGCCGCCGCUGUGGCUCUGGAGUGUAACGACCAUGAGCUGGCCCAAGCGAUAGUAGAUGGUGCCAGUAUCACCCUACCACACGGUACUCUGAGGGAGUGUUAUGACGAACUUGGCAACCGCUACCAGCUGCCCGUCUACUGCCUCGCUCCGCCGGUCAACCUGAUCUCAGAGCGCAGCGACGAGGACAACAGCGACAGUCCCCAGCUUCCUGCAGCACAUAAGAAAGAAUUUCAGCUGAAGGUUCGCCUUUCCACGGGUAAAGACCUUCGCCUCAGCGCCAGCAUGACGGACACUAUUGGUCAGCUGAAGAAGCAGUUGCAGGCCCAGGAGGACAUAGACACCGUCCACCAGCGCUGGUUCUUCUCAGGCAAACUUCUCACGGACAAGACGCGGCUGCAAGACACAAAGAUCCAGAAGGACUUUGUGAUUCAGGUCAUUGUCAAUCCUCAGGCUCUCCCCAAGAUGUCUUCCGCCAGCAGCAGCCAGCAGCAGCCCUGCAUCGGAAUAGCUGAGGUCAGAGAGGAGGUAGAAGCUGACUGUGGAGGUAUGACGCCACAUUAGGGAAACAUUUGAUUCUAUCAUGGAUCCAGACUACCACAACUACACAUGCAUCUGCCUUUUUAUCUGAUCUAAAGCCUACCAGGUGCCAAUGGAAAACACAAGGAAGUGUUUUUGUGGACAUAUUGACACCACAAUCUUCCUUUGCAAGGGAACAGCAACAAUAUCUUUAUCCUUUUCUUUCAUUGUCGUGGAAAUAAUGUUAAUGGCGCUUUUUUUUUUUUUUUUUUUUUUUUUUUUUUUUGCACAUUUGAAAAUGUUUUACUUGUUGACGUCGCUACUUCUACUGGACAAGACAACAAAAUAUAGUCCCUCCAGGAAUUUGCGAUGUCGCAAUUGCACCAAUUCACGCAAAUUAUGUG